AUGGGUGAUAUCCCAAGAAGCACGUCCAACGGCUCUCUCACACCGCAAUCGGUUUCAACCUCAACCUCCCCUCCACCAGCGUUCAAUCGCGCGGAUCUCUUCCGCUCUCUGCGCCCCAUGGCCAGCACUGAGAGUCUCAACGGCGCGCUGACCAGCAAACCUUGCUCCACAUGCUCUGGUCAGCACGCACGACGCCGCUGCUCUCGCUGCAAGGCAGCAUACUACUGCGACCGCAACUGCCAAAAGUCGGACUGGAAGACGCACCGCAACAUCUGCGAGCCCAUCACCCAGACUUACUCUGCCCCGGAGACUCCCAACUGCUCCAACCCUGCAAGCCCGACAAACGAAGCUUGA